AUAUUCUUUGCUUGUCAACAAAAUGAAUAUUAAAACAGAAAGAAUGAAUUCUGAUUUUGAUAUAGAUUACAGCAUUGUAAAAGAAGAAUUUAUUGUCCAAGAUCAAAAAGAAGAAGUGUGUAAUGAAAAUAAUAAAAAUGAGGAUCCUCAAGACAUCCAGGAAACGCAGGAUAUUGUUCAAUUUGUUAUCACAGAAUUAAACGAGAAAAGAUUUGAAUGUGAAAUAUGCAAUAAGGCUUUUGCUCAUUUAGCAACGCUCACAGAGCAUAUGGUCACACAUUCUAAUGAGAAGAAUUCCAAAUGCAACCUUUGUCCAGCUACAUUUAAAAGCCUUAAAAGACUGAGGAGGCAUCUUAGGGAAACACAUUCAAAAGAAUCUUAUCCAUGUAACAUCUGCACAAAAGGCUUUAAAACCAAAUGCCAUCUAAAAAAACAUUUCCAGAGCCACACGAAAGAACAACGUUUUGAGUGUGAAAUAUGUGGACGAACAUAUCUAUACAGUAGUCACAAGAAACGCCAUUUAGCACUCAUGCAUACGGUCUCAACAGAGAAAAACCCCGAAAACAUCUACGAAUGUGACCAAUGUGGAAAAAGUUUUCCGUACAAACGCGGUUUAGGGAGACAUAUUGCAACCAUCCAUGCCUCAAAUAUUCAAUGCCCUAAGUGUCCGGAAACCUUUCAGUUUAAGUCCCAUUUUCGGAAACAUAUGGGUCAACACAAUGUUGACGAUUUAAUCCAAUGUGAUAUAUGUCACAUUGUAUUCCUGAAUCACUGUGAUUUGAUAGAACAUGAUUUUACAAUGCACAGAAGUAGUCCAAAAAAAAUGAAGACAUACGGAAGGCAAAUCAAAGAGGAACCUUCAGGGUUUACUUGUCUUAAUAAGAAUAACAAAAUGAAUAUCAACACAGAAAGUGUUAAUUCUGUUCUGGACUUAGACUAUAGCAUUGUAAAAGAAGAAUUUGUCAUCCAAGACAAAGAAGUAGAAUGUUAUCAAAAAAAUUGCGAAGAAAAUAAGAAUUCUCAAGAUAUCCAGGAAUCGGAGGAGAUUGUUCAAUUUGUAAUAACUGAAAUUAAGGACAAAAAGUAUAUAUGCGAAUUCUGUAAUAAAGCCUUUACCCGGUUGUCGAAUCUGUCAGAACAUAUGGUCACACAUUCUUCUGAGAAAAAUUCCAAAUGUAAUAUCUGUCCAGGAGCAUUUAAGAGCCAAAGAAGGCUCAAGAGGCAUAUUCUGGAGACACACACAAAUGAAACCCACCCCUGUACACUCUGCAACAAGACUUUUACGGUAGGAAUUAAACUAAGACGGCACCUACGUAGACAUUCGAAAGAACGACGGUAUCCAUGUGAUCUAUGUGACAAGAGAUUCAAAGACGCAACUACGAGGUAUAUCCACAAACAAGUGGUUCAUUUGGGUAAAAAACGGAAUAUAACAAAUCAGGAAUGUGAGCAAUGUCAAAGGAUAUUCCGGAACAAAUAUUCAUUUUUGAGACAUACUAAACUAGUUCACGGAAAUCGCAUCAAAGUUCAGAAGGUCAAAAAUUAUAAAUGUGCAGAGUGUCCGGAAAUAUUUAAUAGCAUGUCUGAUCUUCAGAAACAUAUCAGUGAACAUAUUCACGGACAAAUCCUCUGCGAUAUCUGUCAUAGUGUAUUUCUAAACCAAGGCGAUUUGAUAGAACAUAAUCGAACAUCCCAUAGAAGUACAACAAGCACCUUGAAAACGUACGGAAGACAAGUGAAAAAGGAAACUUGAUUUUUAAAGUGAAUUGGACCAUAUGGGCUAUAUUCCUGAAGAAAUAUGUUGCCCAAUAUCUGUGGAUUAUUAGAUGCUUCUUAAACUAAAAUUGACAAUAAAACAAUUUCUUUAGAAGCAACAUUAAAACCAUAAAACACCUACGAAAGGCAAAAAAAUAUUGUAAAAGAACCGUAAAAUAAUAAACAAUCAAUUAAUUAAUUAAUUUCUUUGUAGUACAAUCAAUUGUUAAAACUACAAAAAUGAUAAAAUUUAUUA